AUGGGAAAGAACCAAUUCGUUCGCGGUUAUCUGUCCUAUGUGCCAAUCGCUGUUUGUGCGCUGUACCUCGUUGCAUCGCCUGCGAAACUGGUAGCGGCUCACAGUCAAUGGAAGGUGCAGAAUAGGCAUCGUCAAACGAAACUGUAUGAAUCAAGCAAAAGUCCUGCAGCCCGCAGCGUCAUAGCAGAUCUACGCGGAGGUUCACAGCCAAGGCACUCCUCUGCGGAUGUCCGAGAAAUUAAUUCUACUCUAGAUUUCACCAACCCUUCCCUGAUAGAAGAGGGACCCCAUUUAAACGCGUUGGAUUCACAGUCAGAAGCAGAUCGGUUACGGAAUCUGGAUUUGAAUACAUCGGCAGCUCUGCCAAUUCCGGCAUGGAGGGAGCAUUUGCCUCCACCGCUGCGUCUAAAGAAAAAUACAUUGCAACGAGUCCGGAUAAAGAACGUUGAGAUCUUCUUGUUGGGCACGGCACACGUUUCCAGCGAUUCUAGCGAGGAAGUUAAACUUCUGCUCCGUCAUGUGCAUCCCGACGCUAUUUUCGUUGAGCUUUGUGAAGCUCGCAUACCUCUUCUUGAAGGAACUGCGAAGGACGAACACGAAGAAGAAGCAUUGGCACACCAGAAUCGCACGAUGCGUGAAAAGAUACGGCAGGUACAGUCCACACAGGGAGGCUCCCGUCUUCAAGCUCUUUCCACAGUUUUGUUGACUUCUGUCCAAGAAGACUAUGCAUCCGAGUUGGGAGUAGAGCUGGGAGGCGAAUUUCGGGCCGCAUACCAAUACUGGCAAGCGCAACAAUCCAUACCGACUGGAACAAGUUCUCAAUCUUGUGCUUUGAUUUUGGGCGAUCGUCCUCUACAAUUGACACUUGUACGUGCCUGGGAGUCUCUCGGGUUUUGGCCCAAGGUAAAGGUUUUGCUAGGUCUGCUUUGGAGCUCAUGGCAAAAGCCGAAAAAGGAGGAAAUCCAGGAGUGGCUACAGUCUGUGCUUCGGGACGAAACAGAUGUUCUCACGGAAAGUCUGAAAGAACUGCGCCGUCAUUUCCCUACCCUUUUCACAGUAAUUAUUGCAGAACGUGAUGCAUGGCUAGCUGCCAAGCUUGUACAAAGCUGUCGAGUAUUAUCGGCCUCAGCAACAGCAGCUUCUCCUGUAUGCACGGUCGUGGCCAUCGUUGGUGCUGGACAUAUCCCGGGAAUUGUAGCCUGGCUGACCACGCCUCCAGCCGAUACGUCUAUCACGCCUGAAACAGUACUACGCGACUUGGUCACCACAAAGCGUUGGGCUCACGAUGACGCUAUCCAAUUGCAAGCUAUCCCGGCGUGGAUUUACGAAGUUUCUCACUUGCAGCCCAGUGCCUCGUAAAAAAACACGCCGGCGCGAUGCGAAAUGCUUGGAUGAUACCUUCAACUUCGGAAGGGCCUCCUUUGCCCUUUUGUCUAAUCAACUGAUAAACCUUUCUGACUACCGCUUUUGAUCAUUGCGAGGGAGAUUGGAUUGGCUUUGCAAAGCUUAAUCUAGUGUCAAACUUUAAAAUAUCAUCUC